CUUCACUUUCAUUCUCCAAACAGCUGUUUCUUGAUCAUCAUGUCUCAUGCGUUUGAGCAAAUGGAUGAAGCAAACAGGUUAAGCACGUGGAAUGGUUAUGUAGACUGGCGAAAUAGACCGGCGUUGCGUGGCCGCCAUGGCGGUAUGCUUGCUGCAUCGUUCGUCUUGGCUGUGGAAGUGUUGGAGAACCUUGCGUUUUUGGCAAACGCGAGCAACCUAGUGCUGUAUUUGUCAACCAAGAUGGGAUUUUCGCCUUCGGGAGCAGCAAAUGCCGUAACCGCUUUUAUGGGAACGGCGUUUUUCUUGGCCCUUCUCGGAGGGUUUUUGGCAGACGCCUUCUUCACUACUUUCCAUAUCUAUUUAGUCAGCGCUGCCAUAGAAUUCUUGGGCUUAAUGGUACUAACGGUCCAAGCCCACGAGCACUCUACCGAGCCAUGGUCUCGUGUAGUUCUAUUUGUGGGUCUAUAUUUAGUAGCUCUCGGUGUCGGAGGAAUAAAAGGCUCGUUGCCACCGCACGGAGCGGAACAGUUCGACGAAGAAACAUCUAGUGGGAGGAGGCAAAGAUCCUUCUUCUUUAACUACUUCAUAUUUAGCCUCUCGUGCGGUGCCUUGAUAGCCGUCACUGUCGUGGUCUGGCUCGAAGACAACAAAGGCUGGUCUUAUGGUUUCGGUGUCUCCACGGCAGCGAUCUUAAUAUCGGUCCCGGUUUUCUUGGCCGGUUCUCGCUUUUAUCGCCUCAAGGUUCCUAGUGGAAGUCCCAUCACAACUCUAUUCAAGGUCUUAACCGCUUCUUUCUACGUUAAGUAUAAGAAAAGAAGAACUUCAAGAAACGUUGUCACGUGUCAUACAAGAAAUGAUUGUGAUGACAACGUAGCCAAGCAAAACUGCGACGGAGAAGAUGGAUUUCUUGGAUCUUUCCUAGGUGAAGUUGUGAGAGAGCGUGAAUCGAUACCAGGUCCACUCCAUUGCACGGAAGAUCAAGUCAAAGAUGUGAAGAUAGUCAUCAAGAUCUUACCUAUUUUCAUGUCUACCAUUAUGCUUAACUGUUGUCUAGCUCAGCUCUCGACGUUUUCCGUCCAACAAGCUUCGACGAUGAACACGAAGCUCGGGUCAUUUACUGUCCCACCCGCGGCAUUACCAGUUUUUCCAGUCGUAUUCAUGAUGAUCUUAGCUCCAACUUACAACCACCUCCUCCUCCCUCUAGCUAGAAAAACAACAAAUACCGAAACCGGCAUAACCCAUCUUCAACGCAUCGGAACAGGGCUAGUCCUUUCCAUAGUAGCAAUGGCGGUGGCAGCCUUAGUGGAAACAAAACGCAAGCACGUCGUUGUUACUUGCUGCUCAAACAACAACUCAUCUUCUUAUUCUUCUUCGCCGCUUCCUAUAACGUUUCUUUGGGUGGCUAUUCAAUAUGUGUUUCUUGGAUCAGCCGAUCUAUUCACUCUAGCCGGUAUGAUGGAGUUUUUCUUCACCGAAGCUCCUUCUACGAUGCGUUCCCUUGCAACCUCGCUCUCAUGGGCGUCUCUUGCGAUGGGAUAUUACUUGAGCUCUGUUCUUGUCUCGGCUGUUAAUUUCGUAACAGGCUUAAACCAUCACAAUCCAUGGCUUUUGGGGAAGAAUCUAAAUCAGUACCACCUCGAGAGAUUCUACUGGCUCAUGUGUGUGCUUAGUGGGAUCAAUUUCUUGCAUUACCUCUUUUGGGCUAGUCGUUAUGUGUACCGGUCGAACCAAGGGUAGAUCCUAAGCAUAUAUAUCGAUAAUUGUAUUGUCUAGAACUUAUUGUAGGGUAAUUUGUCGUCUCUUAAUAAUAAUCGAUUAGAUUAUGUCUAGGGUUUGGUUUCUUGGAGAAGAAGUUACUAUGAUGCUAGAUUUGUUUUUACAGCUAGGGUACAAGCUCAAAUUUCACGGAUAUGUCAUUUAAUAUGAUUAUAAAGACAUUAUUAUUUU